AUGGAUGAGGAGGUGACCCCAACAAGCAAUGACGGAAGCCGUCGACGGAAGGCGCCCGAGAAGAUCAUCUACAGCUGGUCGGACCUUGAGACGAAGAAGUCCAACGCCGCGUGCGCCAUGGACCGCUUGGAGUUUCUGGUCUCCACCAGGAACCGCUUCACUGAGUUUCGGGCACAGGAGGCCGAUCGCCUCAGGUUUGCAAUCCGCUCCAAGCAAGCUGCCAGUCCACACAUGCGGAAGACCUUGUCGCUAAGCGCUGAGUCUGCCGCUGCUGUGCUGGUCAAGCAGGUAUGCGAAAUUCACGACGUGAGCACUUCCCGGCCAUGA